GGUGAGCUCGGAAUUCGGAUUGAACCUCAAACGGGAACUGUUGCUUGAUGUAUUACUAUACAAAGCUUUCCUUCUCAAAACCCCCCAUUUUAAUGGCUAUCUCUUUCUAAAACCACCUCGAUCUCAUCGCUCUCUCUACACACUCCCAUGGCCGCCAUAUCGGGCCUUUGUCCAUCAUCAUCAUCAUCAUCGAAUUUGAUGCGAAACCAACACUCGUCAUCGUCGUUAUCGAAAACCCAACUCCCAUCGGUUGUUUCUUACCAACAUCAUCGAAUCGAAGAGACCUUGAAAGCUGGCUUUUCAAGUGUCUGCUGCAAUACCUGGAACGCGAAAACCACCAGUAUUUUGACCCACUCGGUGGCGCGUGAAGUUCCAGCCAAUGUAUCAAAGAGUACCACCACCAUUGACGAUGAACUGGCGGGAAAAUCGAAGUCUAAGAAAGGGUUGGAGAUGGAUCCGCAAGCGUUGUGGGAGAGAUACACAGAGUGGUUGUAUCAACACAAGGAAUUAGGACUGUAUUUGGAUGUGAGUCGAGUUGGGUUUACGGAGGAAUUUGUAAAGGAAAUGGAACCUAGGUUUUUGAAGGCGUUUAAGGCGAUGGAGGAGCUUGAAAAGGGGGCAAUUGCGAAUCCAGAUGAAGGAAGAAUGGUGGGGCAUUAUUGGCUUAGAAACCCUAAAUUGUCACCCAAUUCGUUCUUGAGGUUGCAGAUUGAGAAUACAUUAGAAUCUAUUUGUGCAUUUGCAGAUGAAGUCGUUGGGGGCAAGAUAAAGCCCCCUUCAUCUUCAGCUGGUCGCUUCACACAAAUACUUUCUAUUGGGAUUGGAGGUUCAGCUCUUGGACCACAGUUUGUUGCAGAGGCUUUGGCUCCUGAUAAUCCUCCUCUCAAGAUAAGGUUCAUCGACAAUACAGAUCCAGCGGGAAUUGACCAUCAAAUUGCUCAACUUGGCCCUGAGUUGGCGUCUACGCUCGUGAUAGUUGUUUCAAAGAGUGGAGGUACUCCUGAAACCAGAAAUGGUUUGUUAGAAGUACAAAAGGCAUUUCGUGAAGCUGGACUGAAUUUUGCAAAACAGGGUGUUGCCAUAACACAAGAGAAUUCAUUACUAGACAAUACGGCAAGGAUUGAAGGGUGGUUAGCUAGAUUUCCCAUGUUCGAUUGGGUUGGUGGAAGAACUUCUGAAAUGUCAGCAGUUGGUCUACUUGCUGCAGCACUUCAGGGAAUCGACAUCAAAGAAAUGCUUGCUGGUGCAUCAUUAAUGGACAAGGCGAACAGGACUAAUGUGAUCAAGAACAACCCUGCAGCAUUGCUUGCAUUAUGCUGGCACUGGGCUUCAAAUGGUGUAGGAUCAAAGGAUAUGGUUGUACUACCCUACAAAGACAGCCUGUUGUUAUUUAGCAGAUAUUUGCAGCAGCUGGUCAUGGAAUCACUUGGGAAGGAGUUCGACCUUGAUGGGAAUAGGGUAAAUCAAGGGCUUACUGUCUACGGAAAUAAAGGGAGCACAGACCAGCAUGCCUACAUUCAACAGCUGAGAGAGGGUGUGCACAAUUUUUUCGUCACUUUCAUUGAAGUAUUGCGUGAUAGACCCCCCGGUCAUGAUUGGGAGCUUGAACCAGGGGUCACUUGUGGUGACUACUUAUUUGGAAUGUUACAGGGAACAAGAUCAGCUCUCUAUUCAAACGGGAGGGAAUCGAUUACAGUCAGUGUGCAAGAAGUGACACCUAGAUCGGUCGGGGCUCUAAUAGCACUUUACGAAAGAGCAGUUGGUAUUUACGCGUCUCUUGUAAAUAUCAACGCUUACCAUCAACCAGGAGUUGAAGCCGGGAAGAAAGCAGCCGGAGAGGUAUUAGCCCUACAGAAGCGGGUCCUUGCCGUCCUCAAUGAGGCCAGUUGCAAGGACCCUAUUGAACCAUUGUCGCUAGACGAAGUGGCUGAUCGCUGCCAUGCCUCCGAAGACAUUGAAAUGAUCUACAAGAUCAUCGCACAUAUGGCUGCCAACGAUCGAGCUGUUAUUGCUGAAGGCAAUUGUGGUUCGCCUCGAAGCAUCAAAGUUUUUCUCGGAGAGUGUAACGUUGAGGACCUGUACGACUAAGCUCGAUUGCUCAUUUUGUAGCAUCAGAAGAUACACAAUUUGAGAUACAACAUAUAUAUAUCAUAUUUAAGACGACUUAUCAAAUUCAGCCAUUUCUAGUGAAAGCAAAUAUACUACAUAAUGGCUAAGCAAAUAAGUUAUUAAGAUCUUUAAACUGAUUAAGCAAACAAAACAAGGCAGACAUUUGGGUGAUGUUUGUUUUGC